AGAGACGCAUAGGGCAGGGCACUGGAAACCAUUCAACCGCUACCCGGGAGCUUCGGAAAAAAUCGCCUGUGCGGAAUAAAGAAGGGGAUGACGUAAAGGUUUGAAAGCUGGAUGAGAGAGAUAAAGCAGAGAUGAGUCUCACAUCCUGGUUCCUGGUGAGCAGUGGGGGUACACGUCACCGGCUGCCCCGCGAGAUGAUUUUUGUGGGUCGUGAUGACUGUGAGCUCAUGCUGCAGUCUCGCAGUGUGGACAAACAGCAUGCUGUGAUCAACUAUGAGUCAGCCAGUGACGAGCACAAAGUGAAGGAUUUGGGGAGUCUUAACGGGACAUUUGUGAACGAUGUCCGAAUCCAGGAGCAAAUGUAUAUCACUCUGAAGAUCGAUGAUAAACUACGGUUUGGAUAUGAUACCAACUUGUUCACUGUGGUGCGUGGAGAACUUCAUGUUCCAGAGGAAGCUCUAAAGCAUGAAAAGUUCACUAGUCAGCUUCAGCUGGGACAGAAACCGGUCAGCCAGUCAGACUCACCCAAAGCAGCCAAGUCUCCCACAGCUGCUGCAAGUGCAGAAAGCAAAGGUGCCGAGGCCAGAGCUGCAGAUCCUGUGACUGAGACUUCUGUUAAACCUGCCGAAACCUGCAAAGCAGAUGAAAAAAUGCUAGGGGACACUGCAGCCCUGCAUAGAGGAACACCAUUGUAUGGACAGCCGUCUUGGUGGGGUGACGGUGAUGCUGAUGAUGAGAACUCAUUUAAGCAAGAGAGUAAGAUAGCAGGGAAGAAACAGGAGGCUUCUGGGACAGACACCAAGGAGGCCAAGCGGUUUGAGAAAUCCAAAGAGAAUGGCCUGGGCACUGUAGGCACUGAACCCAGCUACUUCGAGAUCCCAAGUAAAGACGGCCAGAUGGCAGAUGGUAGCAUCUAUGAGGUCCCAACCAAGGACACAGAGGGUGCAGCGGCCGCCAAGGCUGCCCAGGCCAACACCUCAUUCACCAUCGAGUUCGAUAACACCUCUCCAGGAAAGGUGACCAUUAAGGAUCAUGUGUCCCGUCCAAGGUCCAAGAAAUCUCAGCCAGGGAGUAAAGAGCUUAGCAGUUUGCAGGCAGCUAUCAUGGCUUCGGAGAGUAAGGUGGCAGACUGGCUCGCCCAUAAUAAUCCUGUUAUAAUGAGACGCCAGUCCACAGAAGAGGACAGCAAGAGCAUUAAGAGUGAUGUGCCUGUCCACCUUAAAAGGCUAAAAGGCAGCAAGCACGAAGACGGCACCCAGAGCGACACCGAGAACGGAUUUGGCCUGCGUUUCGGCAGCAGACGCCACGCAGCACUGGAAGAGCGCCUAAAGGCGGCCGGAUUGGCACGUGGCAAGGUCACUGGGGCAGAGGGCUCGUCCACAACAAGCCGCACCGCCUUUACUAUUGAGUUCUUUGACGAGGAGAACCCACGUAAACGACGCUCCUACUCUUUCUCCCAGACUGCACCACUGCUGGGAGGUGUUGCCGGAGAGGGACUGUGUCCAGCGCCUCCUUCCCAUCCUAAGGGCGCUUCAUCAGCACUGGCAACCGUGGCCCCGACUGCAGCACGGCUGCUGCAAAAAAAGAGGUCAGAGGAUAAGACUUGCCCGGCAGACGAGACGCAAAAGCAGGAUGAUGACCAGAGUGAUAAAGGCACCUACACCAUCGAGAUGGAGAAGCAUAAUCCUGAGGAAGAGGAGGCCCGACGUAUGAUUGAUAAGGUGUUCGGAGUGGAGCACUCUCAGGAUCCCGGUUGCCAAGAGAAACUGAAAGAUAAGGACAGUAAGAAGGCCAGCAGCACUAAAGCAGAGAGCCUUUUGCAGGAGUCUAUUGCGGUUGGCAGCCAGCAUUGGGUUUCCCAGUGGGCCACUUUAGCUGCUAAUCACACUAGAACUGAUCCAGAGGGGUCAGGGGCAGAACCUACAACCUUUGACCAUCAAGUGCGAGACGCCGAAGCCAUCGAGUCUAUAAAGAGCACCGGUUCUGCCACCUCCAGCCAAGCUGAACGGAAGAGAAGAACUCUGCCUCAGCUUCCCAUCGACGAGAAGAGCAAGCUGGGCAUGACCUCCUCCCUUACAGGUCUGCGAUCUGAGAUCGGUGAGAAGCAGGACACUGAGCUCCAGGAAAAAGAGCACAAAGGGGACGGUGAAUGUGCCUCCAUUUCAGACAAGAAGGACACGAAAAGUGGGAAAAUGACUUCUACCAAGCCUCCUGUGCCUCCUGUAGGUGUAGAGAAGCAAAGUGAGGAGUCCCGCUCUACAAGGAGGCGCGCUGAGGACCGGUGCAAAGAGAGCGAUAGCGAACGGACUGGAAAACCCCUGGUGCGCCAGGGCAGCUUCACGAUAGAUAAGCCAAGUGCCAACGUCCCCUUGGAGCUCAUCCCACGGAUCAACCAACGGCAGUCCAGCGGUCGAGAGCGCAGUGACUCAGCCGGCAGCAUGGACACAGCUACUUUGCUCAAGGACACGGAAGCCGUCAUGGCGUUUCUGGAAGCGAAGCUGCGUGAUGAGAAAAAGCUGGACCCUUUAGCACCUACAGGACGCUCUUUUUCCCCAGAGUCAGAUAAAGAUGCAGCCAAAGUGGCAGGAGUGAUGCAGAAGCGGCGCUCCCUCAGCAGCCUGCACAGAGAGAAGAGCAACAUGAGCACGGCCGGCAAGAGCACAUCCAGCGCACGUGAUCGUCUGGAAAGAAAGGCCAAACCCAAGGCCUCAGACAGCCGUCUGGAUUCCCGCCGCUCUACCCACACAAGCCACCGAGCCCGACAACCCUCAAUGGACCUAACAGACGAUGAACAGACGUCCUCGCUGCCUAUCUCUGAUGUGCUCUCUUCCGACCAGGAGAACGGCCGCUGUCCGUUUACCUCAACCGAUGAUCUGCUUUACUCCAAACUGGACUCCAAAGUUGCUAGAACCGGAAAAUCCAGCAGGGCGCCACAGGCGAGCGCAUCAGCCGUUGGUAAAGCUCAGAUGCCCCAACCUCGGCCUACCAGAGCAUCUCUUCUGCGCCGUGCACGACUCGGAGACACGUCCGACACGGACCUGGCAGACGCUGACCGUGUGUCGGUCGCCUCUGAAGUUUCGACUACUAGCUCUACAUCCAGGCCACCAUCUGGCAGAAAAGCGCCAUCACGGAUAGACAUGCUGGCACAGCCAAGACGCAACAGGCUGGGGUCCAUCUCUGCACGUAGCGACUCGGAGGCCACUGUAAGUCGCAGCACUACAGGAAGGCUGUCGGCCGAGACGGCCCUGAGGCUAGGCCUGCGGGCUACCAACCCUGCGGACAGCAAGCUGAACCCACGACUACGUGCCAACAGCGUCUCGAAGCUGACCGACACCAAAACGAAGAUUUCGCCAGCCAUGUCUGGUUCAGCUGACAACUUUCACACAGGGAUGUCUGAACCAGAGCCUGAAGAUGGCCUAGCAGACGACGAGCCCUUGGCCAAUAACAGGUGGAGAAGACUUGCACCUGAAUAUGGUUCCACUUCUGAGGAUGAGUUUGGCUCGAACAGGAACUCCCCUAAAGCCGGGCGUCUGAGGCCGGGCACUUCACUGCGUACCGGCAGAGUGAGUGGCUCGGGGGCAGUGACGUCGAGUCCCGGUGGUGUCACCAUCAAGCACAGGAUGAGGGAGCAGGAGGACUACAUCCGAGACUGGACAGCCCACAGUGAGGAGAUAGCCAGGUUAUUCCCCUGUGUGCGUAGGAUCAGCCAGGACCUGGCCAAGGACCUGGCCAUUCUGGCACGGGAGAUCCACGACGUGGCCGGCGAGAUCGAUUCGGUCAGCUCUUCCGGCACAGCGCCGAGCACCACGGUGAGCACGGCAGCAACCACGCCAGGCUCCGCCAUCGACACCAGGGAGGAGUUGGUAGAGAGAGUUUUUGAUGAAAGUCUGAACUUUCGGAAGAUCCCUCCUGUGGUACAGACCAAAGCUCCGGAGAUGAACGGACGACCGGUGGAACUGAGGCCUCGAGCUCCGGACAGCCUGGAUCCCCAGAGUGCCCUGCGCAGACGCACGUGGAACCGAGACGAGGUUAGACCGGCGGUGUUAGAUAGCUUGCUCCUAACAUCUGUCUGUCAGCUCUCCUCCAAAAUUCGCCAAUCCGUGGACAAAACUGCAAGCAAAAUCAGGAUACUGUUUAAGGACAAGGACAGGAACUGGGAUGACAUUGAGAGCAAACUAAACACUGAGAGUGAUGUACCGCUUCUCAAAACCACCAACAAGGAUAUAUCAUUAAUCCUGACAGAGCUGAAGAGGGUAGAAAAACAGAUUCAUGCUAUAAACGUCAUGGUGGACCCCGAUGGAACCCUCGAUGCUCUAACCAGCCUUGGCCUGACAAGUCCUACCACACCCAAAUCCAAAACCAGCAACGGAGCAUCCAAACCAUCCGCCACCAUCCCACCCAGCCAAGAGCUCACCAGCAUGGGACUGGACCUCAGUCGGCCUCACGUCAGCGGAGACGGCAGCAGAGUUGCUAAAAAGUGAACUAAAAGUACAUGAACCGACAAACUGGACAUCUAAAAACUUACCCAUAAACUGCUAAACGUUUUUCAUCUAUUCCUGUGUAUUUCCCCUCCAAUGGCAAAAGUGCAGAUUUCACCUGUGGACUUGGAGAGUGCAGUGCAGUGCAGUAGAGAUGAGCAGGACACAGGGGUGGAAGACGGGUGGAAGACGUCAUCUUUGCAUCCUCUACAACUGUGUGUGUACGUUUCUAUACUGGCAUGCUUGAUUCAUUCAACUUGGAUCAAAUUCCAAACUCCAGUGCCUGUCUGCUCUCUGUCCUCUGUAAGCGUAUCCUCCAACAAAUAACUAGUUAGUUGUUUUAAAGUGAUCGCAUUCUUUUAUUUUCCUCAGAAAUAAC